AUGAAGGAAUCACAAACUCAUGGUGGGAAAAGUAAUCCUGAGUCAAAUGAUGAGAACGUAGAGUUUGCUAGACUUGUGGAAGAGCAGAGAGUAUUGAUGAGAAGAGUUGACAAGCAUGCAGAACGGCUUGAUGAGUUACAAAUGAAAAUAAGACGUCUUGAAGAACAAGUACAGAAUGAAAUGCCAUCUUCUAAUGAUGGUAUGGAGGGACCAUCCACAGCUGCGGGACCAUCCACAGCUGACAAAAUGAAUGAUUUAGCUAUUGUCAAUUUUGUGGAUGUGGGAAUGGAGGGAGCUUCCAGACAGGACAACAUUGAUUUUAGAAGUGUUUACACCACCUGCACUUCAUCACUUUGUCAUGAUGGUGAUGUAGCGCUUGUGGAGGUGUCUAACAACAUCUUAACCAGAGGAGACUUGCAAUGCUUUCGACCUCGUGCAAAAAUUGAUAACAUUUUGUUUGUGCCUACUGUGAGUGAUGACCAUUGGUGGUGCUAUUGUGUCAAUUGCCAAUCAAGGGAAUUUUUCAUUUUAGAUUCUCUUGGUCAUAAGAGGCGGACCAGAUAUGGUAUUGACAAGGCAAUGGUCGGUUGUUUGCAAGAGUUAUUCAAUAUGAUAGAUAAUGAAGCAAAUUGUGAGGAGCGACAAUUGAAGGUCAUUAAAGAAGAUUUGCCAAUUCAACCAAAUACGUAUGAUUGUGGUUUGUUGGUGAUGAAAUAUAUGGAGUUAUGGGACAACCAACCUAAAUUUGAUGGCAAAAAAAUGCCCGAUUACACAACGGAGCAGUUACAACUUAUUCGACAACAAACGGUGUGUGAUUGGGUAUUACAUGAAGGAAAUAUGCAUAGAAGUACAGUAAUGAAGAACUGUGGAAUGCUAUAGCAAAUGAAGAAGUCAUGAAAUAGGAUAUAACUUGUAAUGAUGUUGCUGGAAUAUGAUAGAAUAUGAAACAAUUUUUGUUC